GAGUGUGUUAUAAAUGGCUUCUCCGYGUGCUAGUUGCGGCCAAACAAAGCAGAAAUGACGACCACAUUCUCGAAUAUUUCUCAAAUCCAAACGAUUCCGAAAUGCGAGAGAUAUUAAAUGUGCAAGUUGGUCAGUGCGGGAAUCAAGUUGGCUACAAGUUCUGGGAACUAGUUUGCGAGGAACAUGGGAUUGAUGAGCAGGGAAAAUACAAAGGAAACUAUAACAAACAGCUUGAGAAAAUUGACGUCUAUUUCUCACAAGGAUCAGAACAUCGUUAUGUUCCCCGUUCGGUGCUGGUGGAUCUCGAGUCUGGAACGAUGGACUCGAUGAGGUCGUCACCCUUAGGACAGUUAUUUAGACCUGAUAACUACAUCUAUGGUAAAUGUGGAGCAGGCAAUAACUGGGCUAAAGGUUUUUACUCCAACGGCUGCAACCUCAUUGAAGAAGUUCUAGACUGCAUACGAAAAGAGGCUGAAAACUGUGAUUCAAUACAAGGAUUUAUGUUAACUCACUCCCUUGGGGGAGGUACUGGGUCAGGUUUAGGCACUCUAAUACUUUAUCACUUACAAGAGGAAUACCCUGACCGCAUUCUCAGUGCAGCUAGUAUAUUUCCGUCGCCAAAAGUUUCAGAAAUUGUGGUGGAGCCCUAUAAUGCAACACUGGCUUUGCAGCAACUGAUUGAGACUACAGAUGAAGUCUUUUGUAUUGAUAAUGAAGCAUUAUACGAUAUUUGCUUCAGAACGUUAAAAAUUGAUACUACAACAUAUACGGACUUAAACCAUUUAAUUGCUAAUACCAUGAGUGGUCUGACGACGUGUCUGCGAUUUCCAGGACAGUUGAACGCCGAUCUAAGGAAAUUAGCCGUAAAUAUGAUACCAUAUCCUCGCCUUCAUUUCUUCUUACCGGGAUUCGCGCCAUUGACAAGUCGUGASUCUGCUUCGUAUAGUACUAUAACAGUGAGUGAGCUCACUCGACAGAUGUUUGAUGCCAAGAACAUGAUGGCUGCUUGUGACCCAAGACAUGGUCGCUAUCUCACCGCUGCUGCAAUAUUCCGCGGACGCAUGUCCAUGAAAGAGGUUGAUGAGCAGAUGUUGAAUGUGCAGAACAAGAACAGUUCAUACUUUGUUGAAUGGAUUCCCAACAAUGUGAAGACAGCUGUCUGUGACAUCCCACCAAGAGGCCUGAAAAUGGCUGCAACUUUCAUUGGUAACAGCACAGCAAUCCAGGAGCUGUUCAAGCGUAUCAGCGAGCAGUUCACAGCUAUGUUCAGGAGAAAGGCUUUCCUUCAUUGGUAUACAGGAGAGGGUAUGGACGAGAUGGAAUUCACUGAGGCCGAGUCCAACAUGAACGAUUUGGUGUCUGAAUACCAGCAAUAUCAAGAGGCAACUGCUGAAGAAGAAAAUGAAUAUGAUGAAGAGGAAGAAGAGGAUGCUGAAGAAGCCGCAUAAAUUUGACAUACAUUUAUUCUUUCUGUACAUAUAACAUGAUCACUAUUGACUGUCCUCAGAAACCCAGGGGCUUUUUUCUUGAGACUACUCUAAAUUGCCCGUGGUUUCCAUUGGAUYUAUAGACUUUGCCAUAUGAGUGAUCCUAACAAAAUGAAACAUGUUACCAAAAAUAUUUCCAGGAGAAACUGAAUCUGAAACUGAAAAAGAAACUGAUUUAAAAUUUGUCUCUUUUUAAUGCAAGUAUUUCUAGAAUUACAAACUUGUUUGAUUUGACACCAAAAUAAAACAUUUUUACUUAUAAA